GUUGAGCAUUUAAUAUUUGGGGCAAGAGCAAUCCACAGGCAAGGGGGCACAGACGUUGAGAAAAAGGAAAGGGCCAGGCACGGGAACACAGGGGAAGGAGACAGGGGUGUGGCCAGGGUCGCAAGGGGUCUAAAUUUGCUUAUCAGAUCAUCGCAGAUUAUCAGAUGGAGCCCAUCAAGGUUCUCACCCUCUAGAUCAAUCUCCGCCUCCGGCUCAAUCAGCCCGUGAGUCUCACUCCCGUCAUGCCGUGCCAAUAUCGACGUCUCAGUACUGCUGCGUGCACCCAUGACGCAGCCGAUGCAAGCUAGGUAUUGUGUGCCCUGUUCCACUGCUUCCGCGGCAUUGGAUGUCUUGGAAUCUUCUUUAGGUCCGGGUCCAGCGGUGAGCAACCCUCGUUUGGUGGUCUGGUCAUGGCAUCCUUUUUUGCAACAAAAUAUCCAGCCUGUCCGAUUGUCGCCUUGCUCUUGCCAAGUUGCCUUCUUUUCCCUCAGCUCUCGCCCUUUUUCUGCUCCUGAUUCCAACACACUCACCUCCGUCCCCAACACCUUCCCACUCUUGCUCUUUCUCUGUUCUCUGACUCACCAAACGAUCCACUGUUCAACAUCGUGGCAUCAACAUGGCAGUAGGAACAUUCCCUGGUGAAAGGGCCAGUCUGGGCCAUAAACUAACCAGCAGCAUCUCAUCGGUUACAUCUACCUUUACACAACAACCUCUGAGCAGGCCAACCAAUCACUAUCGGCCCUUGUUUGGCGAGGUUAUUCCCCUCUGCGAGUUGUAUUCCAUCGCCAACGUGGUGGUUUUCCCAUCCUCUUCACAAUCUUCAGCUCUGCAAAACCCAUCCCAACCCUAUUCUCAACACAACGGAAUCGGAAGCACCGGGUUCAGAAGCACUCCGCCAAGCCCAUUCAUUGAGGCUCUACAAACCAUCGGUCUCGGCUCUCCCAGUUGGUCUGCUUCAGCCAUAUCUGUUUUUACCAUUGUUCUUCCUACUACCAACGGCUACGUGACCCGAUCCGACUUCCUCCAACUUCGCCUCCAGGAUUUCCCAUACAAGAUAUUACGGACUCAUGAGCCUUUGCGGCCACUACAGAAAUAUUCUGCCACUUGUCCCGCCCCAGGCCCGGUUACCUCAGAACAUGAUCUUGCCACGUUGGUUGAGUCGGCUGCCGGAGUUGUUCAAUGGGAGGAUUUGCCAACCUCUAUCUCAUUCGUCGACUUGGAAAUUUACAGGACAGGGCUGACCGAGGAGCUGCGUGAUCGUCUUCACAAUGCACCAUGGCUCUCCAGCACACCAAUUUCCCGGCAACGGGUGGCGCUCAUUCGCGGUAGACCAAACAUCACGGCAGGAGGCCCAGUCUAUCGUGUCGCCAAAGCAUUAGGUCUUGACUUGGUUAUCGUUGACGAAGAGGGCCAUUGGCUUCAAGCAGACACAGAAGAAAACAAGAUGCAUCGGGAAGCCUUCCUUGUCACUGACAUGACAGAGGAUGCAGGAGUGGUUGACCGCAUCAUCCAGUCCAUUGUCAGCUACCCUCUUCCCAUCCAUGGUGUCUUUACGCUGUCGGACAACUUUUUUGUGGCAGUAGCUCAGGUCGCAGAGGCAUUGGGACUCCCCACCAGUCCCGUGGCCGCCUUUGAGACAUCUGUGGACAAAUAUCGAUCACGGCUUCUACAGAACGUUCCUGGUCAGACUGCCAGAGUUCACAAUGUGAGAGAGCUGGAGUCUUUGCUAGCAAGUGGAGGUAACCAGCAGGCCGAGUUCAUCCCCAGAUUUCCCCUUAUCGUCAAACCCACCAAAGGGUGGUCCUCGGAAUGCGUGUCAAAAGUCAACAACCUCGCCGAUCUUGCCACUGCAGUUCAAAAGGCUACUUCUCGACAUGGCAGUGCGGCCGUCAUUGAGCCCUUCUUUGAUGGUCCAGAAAUGGAUGUCAACUUUGUGCUUCUCGACGGGGAGAUUCUAUUUUCCGAAAUCGCAGAUGAACCACCCUGCGACGCUGACUCGAGCGCUGCUACCGUCCAUUCAACCUUUUCGCCAGAGGCCCUCACUCUCCCUUCCGCCCUUCCUGCCCAGGAACAAAACAUUGCAAAGUCGACACUCCGAGAUAUUCUUGUCAAUCUAGGAUUUUGCACCGGUGUCUUCCAUGUCGAGGCGAGAAUGGUGAGCUCCACAUUCGAGUACCGCAAGCAAGAUGGCGUGAUCGAUCUUGUCCUCAAGCACGCCAAAUCUUUGCCCGAGUCGGGAGCCGAGUGCAAGUUGAUCGAGAUCAAUGCCCGCCCGCCUGGAUAUCGAGUCACUGUUCCAACACGUCAUACAUACGGCGUGGACUACUUUGCUGCACACAUGCUGGCUGCUGCGGGUGAUAAGAACAGGUUGCGACUGACCACUAGGCCCUACAGCCAUGUGCUUGGUGACAACACCAAUGAUUCGAAAAGGGGAGCACAGUACUGGUCUCGACUGGUAUACAUUCCUGCUCCAGCCGCUGGUACUGUGCAAUGGCCGUCAAAGCUAGCCCCAUGCGAGGAGCUCAAGCGCCGAAGACCGGACCUGGCAGACAAGAUUGUUCUGGGCGUUGACUAUUGUGUCCCCGGAGACAAGGUUGAUCUUUACACAGAUGGGGCAAGGACAUAUGUUGCUCAUCUGCUGGUUGUGAACAGAGAGAGCAGGCGAGACGUCAUCAGACUGGGAGAGGAAGUCCAGAAGGCCUUUACGAUUGACAUUGAUGGUUCAAUCAGCAGCAAGACAGAGAUUAGUGAUGGGGAAACUGAUGUUGACCCCGAUGCGGAGGGUUGCGAGUGAUGUUUUGUUGUUUUUAUCUCUAUUUUUUGCUACUUUUGAGGAUUAAGAGCGAUGGUGUUAUGGAUCUUGGGCAAAGGUUAGAUUAAUAUGAUGUAUGUGCGUGCUUUCAUCAAAUCUUUAUUUUUAUCUAUAAGAUAAUUAAGCUUGCUUUUUAUUCCAUCAUUUGGUUUUUGGUGAUGAUUGGACCAUGGUUUCAUGUACAUGAAUAUCUUAAUAAAAACAGGACAUAAAACAUUGCUCCACACAGUGGUACAUGAAACCUCU